AAUGUUUAUUUAUUCAAUAUAAUAGGCUGGUGCAGAUAUAGAGUCUGUUGAUAACCGUGGUUGGACUGCAUUAUUCCAUGCAACAAAUGCUGGCCAUCAGAAUAUGGUAAAGUUUCUUCUUAACAAUGAUGGCAAUGCCAACCAUAGAGAGCCAUCUGUGGGUAAUACUGCUUUGAUGAUGGCAGCGGCUGAAGGACAUGAAAUUAUUGUUCAAAACCUUCUUCAAUAUGGAAUUGAAAUUGAAGCCAAGAAUUAUAAUGGUGACACAGCACGGUCAUUGGCGUUGUUAAAUGGACAUAUGAAGAUUGUUAGUUUAAUUGAUAACCAGACAUUGCCAUUGACAUUACUCAGAGCUGAGCCAGGCCUUCAUGUGGAUGAAGAUCUCAGCUCCUCAGAUGAAUACUACCGUAGACCAACAAGGCCCCCGACUAAAAGUCAACGUUGUCGCUCAAAACAUGCUAACAAUACAGGUCCCAGUAUACGGGAUGCACCAGAAGCAAUGGCGAGGUUAUUGAAUGAAUCAAGAUCUAAAGCCAUCACUGACAAUAAAUUAGCAUUCUCAAAUAGUUUAUGGUUGGAGAAAUAUGGUGGAGGUGACGAGGAGCCAUUCUGUGUUUCUGGAGCUGUUACAAUCAAAAGUGCCAGCAGUAGUUGUAGUAGUAGUACAGGAGGACUUGCUGCAGUUUUGGGGUUACAGCAGCUGAGUGUGGAUAGUGCAGAUGAUGCUGCAGCACCAAGUAUAGAGAGGGAGUCUACUGCAAUGGACACAACUUCUGAUGAUAUGGUAAUGCAUGCGAAAUAUUGUGAGGAGAAGAAACAAACACAACUGUAUGACAAGUCAGACAAUAUAGAGUCAUCCCAUUCUGUAGAUGGGGAACAAACAUCAGUACAAACAUCACAGCAGAUUGUUAAAUGUGAGGUCAAUGAUGCUACAAACCAGAAUAAACCACUUGUAACUACUGAAAAUCAAAAUAAACCACUUGUAACCAGUUCAAACCAGAAUAAAUCACUUGUAACCAGUACAAACCAGAAUAAACCACUUGUAACUACUGCAAACCAGAAUAAACCAGUACUAUCUACUGCCAAUACUCUUCAAGAAACAGCAAGUGGAGGAAACCCUCUUGAAGGGAUCAAUUUAGACGCUUAUUGUGAAAAUUUCAACCUCCCUGGAAAAAAUAAAGGACAGACACUGCAUUAUAAAGAUUUAUCUGAACUUUUAGAAAGUCUGAAUCUUUCAAAAUAUCAUCGUGUGUUUGAUGAACAAGAUGUGGAUCUUAGGUUAUUCCUGACAUUGACAGAUAUGGAUCUCAAAGAAGUAGGAAUCAA